AUGCAUCCGUACUUCCUCCAAGGCCGAGUGAUGAUGGGUGGUGGUGGGGUUCGUGCCGUGGGAGUUCCGGUUCCACUGAUGCCCGCGCCUCCUGUCCCUGCUACCGCGAGUACCGGUACCGGUACUGCUGCAGCCCCCGGCCCUCAACCAGCCGUGUUCCUUGCGUCUCAGGCUCAAGCCAUGGGAUGGCCCUCUUCCGACGAAACAAGGCUGCUGUUGAACCUACAGUUCCAGCAGCAACAUCAACAGCAACAUCAACAACAUUUUCUUCCCGGGGCACCAAUGGCAAUGCCUGCACACGCCAUGCCCAUGGGACAGAACGGCAAGUGGAAUACCGCAGUUGCUGCUCCCAAGGAUAAUCCCUUUGCCGGUCUGGGAAACUUUUCCAAGAUCGAACCAUUUCCGGAACGUCUACAUCGACUCUUACAGGAGGUCGAAGCACAGGGUCAAUCCCAUAUCAUCUCAUGGGUCAACAAUGGAGAGGCCUUUGAGAUUCAUCAGUCCGAUCGGUUCUUUGCAGAAAUUGUUCCCCGCUAUUUCAAACAAUCUCGUUUGUCCUCCUUCAAGCGACAGCUCGGAUUGUAUGGCUUCCAACUUUGUGCUCCUUCCCAUCAAGUCACAAGAGGUGGAACCGGGCAUGGAUACUACUCCCAUCCUUGCUUUCGACGCGAUUCGCCCGAGCUUUGCCGAAGAAUGAGACGCACCGGCUUGAGUAAGGCCAAGAAGGGAGCCCAGGAUUCUGCCAAGUGA